UUAAGUAUUGAUUUCAAAGGCUACGGUGGUCAAACAUUGAUACAGAUAUUUAAAAAAACAAAAACAAAAACCCACUUCGGAUAAUUUCGGUUACUUCCGAUUUGUUUUACGGAAAGUUUUAAUCAAAUUAAUGAGUCCGAGUGUUGUGAUAUGUGUCAGUCUAGCCGAAAGCUCUGUAUAUGUACUGUACAGAUUUAUGGUAGUUAUUGGUUGAGAACGGCAGAACAUGGGAGACCAGGAGUCCCAGGAAGAUGAACUGACAGCAUUGGCCAGUAUUUACGACAGCAGUGUUUUCUCGGUUUCACAAGAUGGCGAUGACCGGGGUGGCCAGUUUUCUGCUUGUUUAGCAUUACCACAACCUUUCGUUGUGUCAUUUUUACCUGCAGGCAUUUCUGAAGAUAGCGGUUCUGAAGGACUCAAGGCUGAUGGGAAAAAUAUCUGUGCAGUUCAUUACUUGCCUCCGAUCAUCCUGAACUUCGUAAUUCCAGCUGACUAUCCAUCCCGGCAGAGUCCGCAGUUUACACUGUCGUGCAAGUGGCUUACAAAAUGUCAGCUAACAAAAUUGUGUCAGCGAUUGGACGAACUGUGGAAGGAAAACAAAGGAAGUGUCAUCCUCUUUCUAUGGACAGACUUCCUACAGAACGAUACUUUUUCCUUUCUUCAUUUGACUUCUCCGCUAGAUCUUUCGAACGUUCUUUUGCGGCAUCCUCACCAGAAGAGUUCUGAGGAAAUUUGUGAUAGCCACGAACCAAACAAAACACACGAUGAACGUGCAAUUCAGGACAUCGCGGCACAGCGUCUGUUGCGUCCAACAAUCCUCGACUUCGAUACACAGGAGCAGCAGCGUGAAUUCGAACGGACCGUGUUUACAUGCAACGUGUGCUUCAUGGAAAAGCCUGGCUCGCAGUGUAUUCAGUUUGCGACAUGCGACCACGUGUACUGCAAGAAGUGUAUGACGGAUUACUUCAUUGUACAGAUUCAGGACGGAAACGUCGGCAGUUUAACGUGUCCUGACCACGAGUGUGAUUCUCAGGCUCUUCCUUCUCAGGUAAAGGAUUUAGUGAGUGUGAAGCUGUUUACACGUUACGAUGACCUGCUUCUCAAGACAAGCCUGGACCUGAUGAAGGACGUCACGUACUGCCCCCGCCCCAUCUGUCAGGUGCCCGUCAUCUUCGACCAUGACAGCAGCAUCGCGUCAUGCAGCGCAUGUCACUACGUCUUCUGUGUCCACUGCAAGCUUGUCUACCACGGACUGUCGCCGUGCAAAAUUAAAGCAGAUGAGUUGUCCAAACUGCGAGAAGAAUACCAGAACGCAAGUCCCGAGGAGAAGCUGUUUCUGGAGAAGCGGUAUGGCAAGCGCACGAUACAGCAGGCGGUUGAGGAGAGCUUCACUAAUGAGUGGCUCAACCAGUUCUCCAAGCAGUGUCCGUCGUGUGGCGCUCAUAUACAGAAAAUAGACGGAUGUAACAAGAUGACCUGUACCAAGUGUCGCAAUUACUUCUGUUGGAUCUGUGAGAAGUCUCUGUCACGGACGAACCCAUACAAACAUUUCAGCGAGUUGAAUAACGACUGUUUUAACCGCCUGUUCGAGGGCAUCGACCAGAACAUGGAGUUUGAUGACUGGGAGGAGGGGGACGAAGAUGAUGAUGACGAUUUCUUGUAACCACGGCAACGCACCAUGCAUCGUUUGAACUGGGCAGAGCAGUGGCCUAAUUCUCUAAACCAGCCCCAAAUUCAGCCAGCAAACAUUUUGCUAACGUUUUUGAACUAUUUGAUUGGUUCCCAUCUUGACCAUUUGGUUUACCGUGCAGUGCAUAAACCAGUCUAGCAGACGUUUGUUUCUGCUCAGUCUGGCUGAACUCGGCCCAGGUCUUGCCCUAACCAUUGCCAAAUUAGCCAUUUGUUAAUUUUUAAUACAGAGUGGCUACAAAACAAUCGGUCUUGUAAACUUCUUGGCCCAGAUUUUCGAAACUAUCUUAGCACUACGAUAUCGUAAAACUGUCCUAAAUGAUGAUGUUACACAUCAAAUUACGUUGUGACGUCAUUAUGAAUCUAAAUGCGGCUGCAUUUUUCACUUGGUUUCAUUUGCAAAGGAAGUGAGUAACCUUUAGCCGGCAUCACGAUGCAGCGUGGGAUAUCUGAAGUAAAAAUGGCAGUCUGGACCCCUUUAGAUUUCCUCUUUUUUACAGUUCACCAAUUCUCACCCCUGAUAUUUGAAAAUUGGCUAAACUGAAAUUUUUUUCCAAUGUGAGCUCUGCUAAACUCUUGCAAUUUUGCAAUCUCGUUAAAACUCCCUCUGGGUGGGAGCCACCGAAGCCAGUUGAAUGAAUAACUUUUGGUUUGGAGUGCUGUUGUUUGCAAAUGAUUUGCGCAUUAAACAUUUUUUUGUGUUAAUAUAAAAAAUAUUUAAAAAUCAA